AUGUCGUCCCAACCAUUCGCAUUUAUCACGCCCUCCACUCGCGGGCUCUCGCUAGCACUGACCCGGCACCUGCUCCGGACAACUAGCAUGCCAGUCUUUGCGACGCACCGCUCUGACGAGCCUGACACGGUUCGGAAACAAAUUCUAUCCCCGCUGCACGACGUCGACCCUGCAAGGCUCAAACUGCUCAAACUGGAUCUAACAUCGGAGGACAGCAUCGCGGCCGCUGCACACAAGCUCUCGCAUCUCCUCAAAGACAACCCCAAGUCUCACCUGCAGACGGCAUUCUUUGGAGGCGGCGUCUUGCACCCUGAGCGGCAACCAGCGGACCUCGACUUCAAACAAAUACAAGAAACCUUCCAAAUCAAUGUCAUCUCGCACCUUCUCUUGAUCAAGCACUUCUCGCCCUUCCUGCCAGGCGCUCAGGCCGCGCUGACCCAAGCGGCUCCUCUUGCGAAGUGGGUGCACAUCUCGGCUCGCGUCGGCUCUAUCUCGGACAACAACCAGGGCGGAUGGUAUUCCUAUCGUGCCUCCAAGGCAGCUUUGAAUCAAGUCGUCCGAACCUUCGAUUUGCACCUCAAGCAGAAGAAACUUCCUGUUGUGUGCGUAGGGGUGCACCCCGGAACAGUCAGGACUGACCUGAGCCGCGACUUCUGGGCUGGUGUACCAAAGGAGAAGUUGUUCGAGCCCGAGUACGCUGCGGAAAGGCUAGUAGAGGUCGUAGAUAAUUUGAAGGCGGCAGAUAGAGGCAAAGUCUGGGAUUGGGCGGGGAAGGAGGUUCCCCCGUAG